AUGGCGGGAAUUUCACUAUCAGCGAAAGGUAGAACGUAUUCUCGUGGAAAGGCUGCCAAUGAAGAUUUAAGAACCAUUAUAAUCGACAAAAUUGUCAGCGAUGGAGGAGAUAUGGCUACUGGUUAUUUUGGAGGUAGUUUCAAAGAUAUUGCAAAUAUGUACCACGUAUCCGAAACUUUUGUUGCCAAGAUCUGGAAUCAAGUCUGUGAAACAUUGGAUCACUUGCCGUCAAAAAGGAAAUCUGGUAAUCCGCCACAUCUACAACAAGAAGAUAUUGACCUAGUAGAACUUUUAAAGCUAGAAAAUCCAUCCAAAUCAUACAAGUCAAUCAAAGAAAAUAUCGAUAGUUAUUGUAAUGUAAACGGCGGUACUUCGUUAACAGCGAUUGGAAAUGUUGUGAGAAAUAAACUAUCUGAAGGCCCAUUUACCAGAAAGCGACUCGCUAAACCGUCGCAAAAUAAGUUUACGCCAGUGAACUUGAAUUAUUGUCAAAACUUCCUGGAUACAAUAAGCACACUACCUCCUGAAAGUUUGAAAUUUUUUGAUGAAGCAGGCGUUCAUUCCGGGUCUGGGAAUUCUGUGUACGGACACUCACUUCGCGGAACACACGCCAUCGAAAUAUCGAAGAACAAAAAAGGCSCAAAUGUCACUCUAAAUCUACUGUGUGGUUUGGAAGGAGUUCUUUACGCUAAUACUGUAGAAGGAAGUUCCGACACAAUAACUUUCUUAGAUUUCUUUGAUGAAGCGGGGCAAGCUAUGACUGAUUAUGGCAAUCCAGCCAUUGAGUUUGGUGACUAUAUCAUUUUAGAUAAUUGCGCAAUUCAUCGUUUUGAAGCUGCUCAAACGCUGCAUAGAUGGCUAAUGCUUAGAGGUGCAAACCUUAUAUUUACCCCUUCCCUUUCUCCAGAAUUUAAUGCUGCUGAGUAUUGCUUUAACAAAAUGAAAGUUACUUUAAAAAGAGAGGAAUUUGCGCCUAUACUUAGGCAGAAUGUACAUGCCGCCAUAUAUCAAUCUCUUGGACACAUUAAUGUUUCAGACAUGUAUGGCUUCUACAGCAAACUUUUAUGA